GGUCGCGCAUGAGGGCUCGCAACGCAAGCGCACCUACAGAUGCUAGUGUUCGUACUGCACCGCGGAACCAUGUAUCACGCGCGAGGUUUUUAGUUCUCCGGUCAACGCGAGCACGUACGCUUCGAAAUUCUUGCUGGAAGUAACGCCCGGGAAAGCAAUCGGACCGUACAGAGAACAUUUCGUAUGAACUCCGACGUAGCCGGUUAACAGGAUUUCACGCGAUUAAUGGAGUGUCAUCGCGAGGGAUUAACGUGACUGAUUGUCACCGGUGUUUAGAAACCGGGGGAAAAAGGAGAACCUCGAGAGAUCCAUGUAACUUUGAAAUGCAGAGUGUGAAAAUGGAAUCGAAAAGUUUUGCGUUGUCGCGGAUCUUCGUUUGUUGCGCGAACGUCGUCUUCUUGAUAUCGGGUUUCGCGCUGAUGUCGCUGGGCGCUUUGUUAUUAGCGGACGACAAACGGAUUUUGCUGUCGCGUCUGCUGGGGCCAGGCGACAUCCACCCCGAACAGCCGCUCUUCUAUUAUUUGGCGUUCGCGAUCGUCGGACUGGGAUUUUUAAUCACGCUGACGGGAUUGCUGGGAUGCUGGGCGACUUGCCUCUACAAUCGAUGCGUUACAAUCUCUUACCUGAUCACGAUCGUCCUGCUGUUGAUCGGCGAGUGCGUCGUCUGCGUCCUGGUCGUCUUUUGGCCUUACGUUCUGGGCAUCGACGUGAGGCCGGCGCGAUUGAUACGAGCCUUGCAGCGCAGCUACGCCGUUCCAGGUCGGGAACAGUUCACGGCAGCCCUGGAUCUCGCGCAGACCACGUUUGCUUGCUGCGGCAUAAACGGAAGCAGCAAUUACGGUACCUCCUGGUGGCGGCUGCAGGAAGUGGGAAGAAGAGAAUUAGUGGUGCCUCUCAGUUGCUGCACCCUGAACAACACCAACGAGACGGACUCCUUCCUCAACCCCGAACCUGCCAAUCUUACUCUCUGCCAGGCUUUGAACCCCGCCGAACACCAAUACGCCCGACACACCACGGGAUGUUUAGACAUGCUCGAGAAGUGGACGCAGGACCAGGCGUUGAUACUGCUGUCGGUCGGGCUGGCCGUGAUUUUCGUGGAGGUGGGCGCUUUGCUGAGCACGUUCUUCGCCUGUUCGCGGGGCGGCAGGAGGGCCAAGUCCCGAGCGUCGACGUUUACGUCCACGCAAACGUUGAGCCCGUUCAGCGAGAGCGAUCACGAUUUCGAGGGCAGUGAGGGUAAAUCGCCGGUCGAGGUCAAGAAUACAGACACGAGAACCGUAACCAAUUUAUCUAGGCUGAACGACGUGUCGCGAUUCAACCGGAGCAUAAUCGAGGAAUGGAAGAACCCCGGGAAGUUCACCGACGUGCUGCGGAGCGACCAGCUGUACGAAGAGCGCGCGAUCGACGUGCCCAACCAUCCUUCCCACCGGAACCACGCGAAGAAAGAGGAUAACGGCAACGAGGACAAGAAGAGCACGAUCAAGUCGAAGACCCAGAACAACGCUACUGUCAGGAGUAUCCCGAUCAAGCACUAUCAGGCUUCGAUCGCGCACAACAUCGGCACGCUGAGAAGGUCCGAGGCGCCGCAGUUGCAGUUCGAGUCCUCAACCUCGGAGACCGAGAGGAAUCACUGCGUCCCGAAGUACAAGACCGCUUCCACGAACGACGUGUCCUGCGCCAGGAACGAGGCCGAUUUCCAAGUCCCGCGGCCGAUUCACUUCUCGAAACACGCGGACCCCGCGAACCCGAUACGCAGGUCUUGCCACUCUUGCGACUACCAGCGCGAGACGCAGACCGGGAACAAGAGAGUCGCCUCCAAGUUGAAGACGCUCGAUCGGAGGAUAGUCAGGAGCGAGCACAACAUCUCGAGUCGGGACGACGAGGACGUCGGCAACUUCGACGAGUACUUUCACAAGACUGGCUCUCGAGCGACGAUCGCUGGACGCCCGAAAUCGUACGACGCGAGGUCCAGGCAGCAAUGCUGGGACGAGGCGGAGGAAGAUGGAGGGAACAGCCAUUCGAGGGACGAGGAGGGCCGUUCGUCUAGGAAAUGGGGGACGAUCGAUCUCGAACGCGGCCACGUUGGCCAGAAGAUAUCGGCGUACGAGGAAAACGCGCGGCGAAGUGGUCGCAACUGGGACUUCAGCGACCGGUACCAGAUACUUCCGGACAUCAAGAAGCACAGGACCAUAGGGGUGCCAUUGGUAGGUAUGCACAACGCGUGCGGCUUGCCAGUGGUAGCCUCGUGGCCCAAUCACGAGCUGUUGGAGCCGCUGAGGGUGCGGAGCAGAGUCAUAGGAACGCUGAGGCCGAUCUUCAAGAGUCCUCGGACAUCCGAGGUUCUCCAUCGAACGCAUCCCAAGAGGAGGGUACCGCAGUCGAGUCAAACCUUGUCCAGGAGGAAGCGUGUUCCGGAUGUGAAGGAUACCGAGAGGCAGGUCGACUGUCCGUCGGUGAAGUCGUUAGUUUCGUUGGGCGCCGGAAGCUGCGAAGCACGCAGGAGAAGGAGGAGGCGACCUUCGUUCAAGGCGAAGAAGAUUGGGACGUUUUCGUCGAAGAACUCCAUGAGGCACACUUGCAAAUCGCACAUAAAAAGGAACAAGGAAAAUUCUGUACCUGGUAGGAACCGUAGGAAAUCGCUCGACGCUGAGAACGCGAAGAGGCAAACCUUGUACGCGAGGGACGACGGCGACGACGCUGUGCAGGUCCUGAAGAAUCUGUGCUUGAAUCCUUUAGCUCGUACCAAGUCGGAAACUGAUAUGAUCUGGUGAUACAUGAAAGGUAUUAUUUCCAUUCGAAUGAUCUAUAGAUGCAUAUAUAUAUAAUUCCUGAAUUAUUCUGUAAACCUUAAUCAGAGUGGACCGGUAAUGUUUCAUUUGAAGCAAAGACUGUUUCGCUGUGCGUUAAUCAUGAAAGAACGUAAAAUGCACACACACGGUUUUACUGUAUUCAUGUGUGGCUAUUGAAUGCUUUGUAAAUAUGCUUAACCGAUGUAUCGAUGUAUUGUAUUCUUGAGUGUCGAAGUAAAAGAAGCCCUUGCUACCCUCAUUACAGGGAUCGAAGUAUGCGGUAGUUAUAUAUGAUUUAACGCGUUAAAUGAGCGUAUUCUGAAAUCAAGUAUUAUGAAUCUGUAAUGUUGUUAUGUUAUGAAUAUUAUUAAAGUAAUACAAAGUAGGUAUCACAAUGGUUUAUUGAACUCCCUCGAAACUUCGAAGAAACUU